GGAACCCAUGUCGGCUUACCUGCUGUCCGCCAUCUUCACCAACUUCAGCGUGGACAAGAGCGGCAGGAUGAACCUGUGGUCCCCCGCUUCGUUCUCUGCCUACCGGCCUGAGGUGCUGAAGACCAUCGAGAAAGCGGUGAGCCUUCUCGAGGAGCAAGUCGGCGCGUGGAGCAGCAGUCUGCAGGUGAUCGACUUGGUGGUGGCACCGGACAUGCCGGAAAUGGCCGUGUCCGGCGCCGGCUUCAUCGGCCUCCGGCAGGGUUCGUUCGACGCCUUCGACAUCUGGGAACGCGGCAAAUGGGUGGUCACCGUCGUCCAGCGCAUCCUUCGACGCUUCUUCCUGUCGUACGCCACGCCUCGGAUCCACUCUGGCAUCACACGCUACAUGAAGGAGAACGAAUACGGAGUAGCCGACGACGCGGUCCUGUGGCGCACACUGGAUCUUUCGGGGUUACUUUCUCACAACAUGGACACGUGGUUUGACCACGGAGGUUACCCCGUGGUUAGUGUGCUCCGCGUGCACGACCAUCGUGGACCCGGUCUUGUCCUGAAGCAGGGUUGGCAGUGCUUCGAGGACAUGGAGUGCAAUCAUACGCUCGUGUGGCCGGUGCCCUUCGUGCUGGUCGUGCAGGGAGGAGUCCGCGUUCCCGAGCAGGGCGCCCUCUGGUUCAGAGGAACCAUCCAACGAUACAAGUGAGCG